UUACUUUUUUAUUAAAGCAAUAUGUAACUUUAUUUCAAGAAGAAAGACCAUGCCUUGCAUAAACUUUAUUUAUGGAGAAUGAUGUUAGUACUAUUAAUACAUUGGCCACAUUUCAGAUGGAAAUGACAUAAAUUGUAGUGCUCUUCAACAUCACCGAGCUCCCAAAAUCUCACAAUCAAAACCAAGCCCACCAACAACAACAACAAAAAAAUGGAAGACCAACAACAGCAGCAGCCACAACAGCAGCAGCAGCAGCAACAACAACAACAGUUCCAGCAACCUCUGGUUGUGUAUCCUUCUUCUUCUUCUUCAACACCUUCCUCUUAUGCGCCACCUUCGUCAUCUGGUUCAAGUGGCUCAUUUGGUACAGCUUUCAUAGUUAUAGCUGCCAUCCUUAUCUUAGCAGCACUGGCUUGUGUGUUUGGAAGGAUAUGCAACCGCGGUCGCAAAGAACACAAAAACAAAAACAAACCCUCAAAGCAUGAGAAGCCCUCGUCAAAGAAGAGCCGUGAGAUCAGACCUGUGGAACGUGAGCCAAGAGAGAGAGGUGAUGAUUUGGAGUUUGGGUUUGAUAUAAAGCGUCCUGGUCCAAUGAGCAAACCUUCUGGUCCUAUGAGCAAACCAUCUGGUCGAAACGGAGGAGACAUUGAGUUUGGGUUUGAUAACAAGAGAGGAGGAGGAGGAGGAAAGAAAGGACCACCUCCAGCUGUUAAACAUGGAGUAAGGUUCCAGUGACCGGCUAAAUGGAGGUUGGCUUCAGACACGGUGGUUCGGGCUUCAAGCACCGGUCAGGGAGAAUGAUCUAAAUAAGACAAGAGACUUACUCAAGCUUGUUUAGUUUUAUCCUUUUCUUAUUUUUUUCUGUUUGUAGUGUUUCUUGUUUUGGGUCUAUUGGUUUUGUUUCAUAUAAGUAUGGAACUUUGGAUAUUAAGUUAUAUAUGAAAUCAAGAUGAUAAGUAACA